GUCGCCACGACAACAGCACGUCACUACUUCCGACACACGUUGCUCGGUUAGCAGUUAGCAGUUAGCACUUAGCAACAUCUACACCUUCACAUGGCGAACGGAUGCAAGGACGUGUUCGUACGCGGGACCGGACAGAGUGAUGAUUCAGAUAUAUGGGACGACACAGCUCUGAUAAAGGCUUAUGACAAGGCAGUUGCAUCAUUUAAGACUGCCCUGAAGAGUGAAGAUGAGCCGCCGCAAGCCUCCAAGAAAAACCAACCAGGAAAAAAACGCAAGAACAACAAAAAGAACCAGAGCAGGAAAAGAACCAACGCACAACCAGAUAAAGAGUGGCAGGUCGGGGAUUCGUGCUGUGCAUACUGGUCAGAGGAUGGCCAACUCUAUCAAGCUACCAUCUCCUCCAUAGAUGAGGAGAAGGGCACUUGUGUGGUUGUUUUUACAGGAUACCUCAACGAGGAGGAGCAGAACCUCGAAGACUUGCUCUCAGAGACUUGUGAUGACGAGUGUGAUGACGAAACGAAUGCCAAGGUGAAACAGAACAAAUACACUGUAGAAUCGUCAACAGAGGAGAGUGACCGGUCAACCACGUCAAACCAACAAAACAAACAACAGCCACACAGUAAACCCCAGAAGUCCAAGGCCCACAAAGAUCCUCCUCCUAUGUGGGGUCCUGGUUUCCCUGGGUUUCCUCCAGGCCCACCUCCGACGCACGCUUUCAGACAGGGCGGAAGCAGACGAUCAGGUGGUCAUGGACAUGGACCUGUACCUCCUUCCUGGCCUCCCAUGAUGCCUUUUGGUCCACCUAUGAUCCCUCCACCUCCACCGAUGAGCCCCGACAUGGUGGAUGACGAGGCCUUAGGCAGCGUGCUCAUCUCCUGGUACAUGAGUGGAUAUCACACGGGAUACUAUUUGGGGUUGAAACAAGGACGCAAAGAAGCUGCCAAUUGGACUAAACUGCACCACAAAUGAUAGGAUCAUGUCAAGAUUUCAUAGUUUCAGUUACUCAGGGCUUCACCUGGAGCAGCAGCCACCCUCCCUGUUGUGUGUCGUUCUUGAUUCAAAGUGGAAAUGUCGUGAAUGAAGUGAACAUGCUGUGAGCAGAACGUUAAUCGGAGUUCAAGGAGGAGAGUUUUGUAUUCUUUGUAAAUAGCUGAAAUAAAGGGUAUCGGAGCACA